UUGGGUUUGGUUGGAAACAGAACAUAACAUAAUAAUAGAGAAUAAUAUCAGAAAGAUGGCAAGAAGUUAAAGGUUACAAUUAAUUGUUUUGUGUAGUUAUAGAUUAAUGUAAUAUCUCCUAAACUUAAUAGUUAGCCUUGAUCAAAUCAGUUAUCUCACAAGUACAACUUGGAAAGUUGAAAGUGAAAUACAACUAACCUUAACUAAACAAACAUUGAAGUUACUACUUGCUUGACAUGAUUUAUGAAGGAUAACUUACAACUUGGACAUUUAUAUUUGUUGUCACGAUAAAAUAGGCAUAGGCCUAGGUCUAGGCCUAACUUAAGGCCAAAUAUUGGAAAUCCCUUUAAUGACAGCGUAGGCCUAUAAAGUGAGAUUUCAGAUUGAAGGAAGUUAAGGUGUUAGAGAAACCAACUUGUGAAAAAUUAAAUCUUCUAAAAAGAUGAGUGGAGCGGGUAAAGCAGUUUGUUACAUCUGUGGCAAGGAUUUUAUGAACCAAAAGUACUGUAACCGUCAUAUAAAACGCAUUCACAACGUUCACACUAUUGGCGAGCCUGCGGAACCAGCAGAGAAGGUAAUUUGUGUUACAUGUGGAAAACAGUACAAUCAGAAAAGCUCUCUACAACGGCACAAUGACGUUGUUCACAAUGUAGACAGCAAUAAAUCCUUGCCCAAGUUGAAAUGUGAUCAGUGCGAUUACGAAACUUUUUACAAAAGUAAUUUGCAACGUCAUUUAAUGAAGAAACACCAAAACGAAAAUCCGAAUAGACAAUUUAAAUGUUCAAUGUGUUCUUCCAAAUUUAGUCACCUGAAGUCCCUCAAGUACCAUGAAAAAACUAAGCAUAUGCUGGGGACGAAAAAGUAUACCAAGAGGAAAUGUCCGUUGUGUAUUAUGGAGCCUAAGACACUGGGUUGGGCAGAUUAUGUUGUCUUGGCCAUUACUCUGUCCGUGUCUGCCUCUAUUGGGAUCUAUUUUAGACUGACGGGUGGCCGGCAAAAAACAAACAAGGAGUAUCUGUUAGGAGGCCAGGACCAAGGUAUGUUACCAGUGGCCUUCUCUUUGAUGGCUAGUUUCAUGUCUUCCAUCUCCCUGUUAGGAGUGUCAGCAGAAAUCUACAUGUACAGCACUCUCUUCUUUAUCAUCAACUUUGCCUACCUCCUGUGGACUCCAGUAGCCGCCUACCUCUACCUCCCAGUCUUCUAUAAGCUGCAAGCCACCUCCGCUUAUGAGUACUUGUACCUGAGGUUUGGCAGCAAGGCUCGUACCUGUGCCUCGCUCAUGUACUCACUACAGAUGGUACUGUACAUGGGUAUUGUGGUGUAUGCUCCAGCCAUUGCAUUAGAAGCGCUCACUGGACUCAAUCAGAACAUCUCCAUCGUACUGGUGGGAGCUGUGUGUAUGUUCUACUGCACACUGGGAGGAAUGAAGGCUGUCAUAUGGACAGAUGUAUUUCAGUCGCUGCUAAUGUUCGCAGCAGUGAUCAGCAUAAUCUUCACAGCAGCAAAGCAGAAAGGAGGUCUCAGUCAGAUAUGGGAGAUUGCUGAGAAGGGAGACCGAAUACAGUUUUUCAACAUCAACCCAGACCCUACCGUGAGGCUCACGUACUUCUCUCUGCUGAUUGGCGGAGGCUUCACCUUCUUGUCUCUCUACGCUGUCAAUCAGACGCAAGUACAGAGAUACAUGACCAUGAAGGACUACAAGACGGCAGUGAGGUCCCUGUGGAUCUCUACUCCAAUACUCAUCCUGUUGUCCGGAUGCACUGCAUUCUCUGGCCUGGCCAUAUACUCAAAGUACUACAACUGUGAUCCUGUACUUUCAGGCCGCAUCAGUAGCAGGGAUCAGCUGAUGCCGCUGUUUGUUGUGGAGACUAUGGGAGAUGUGACGGGACUGUCUGGUCUAUUUGUGGCUGGUAUCUUCUCUGCAGCUCUCAGCACAGUGUCUGCAUGUCUCAACUCUUUGGCAGCCGUCACUCUAGAGGACUAUAUCAAGCCUCUCUACUUGUUGUGGUCAGGCCAAGAAGUACCAGCAGCCUAUAGCGCUCAGUUGUCCAAGAUGUUGGCUCUCACCUACGGAGUGAUAUGCAUAGCAGUCGCGUUCCUCUCUCGUCUGCUGGGCGGAGUGCUGCAAGCAUCCUUGUCCAUCUUUGGCAUGGUGGGAGGACCACUUCUGGCAAUCUUCACACUCGGCAUGUUCUGUCCUUGUGCUAAUGAACCGGGUGCAGUCCUAGGUCUACUGGUAGGUUUAGUCUCUUCUCUACUCUUAGGGUUUGGAGGUCCGAAGCCUCCUCUACAUACACUACCUCUCAGCACUGCUGGGUGUUCUACUAACCUCACCAUCUACGCUGCAUCUCCCGUGUUAGCUGCCACAGUCACCCCCACAAGCCAGCCAACGGAAUACUUCUACCUGUACCGAGUGAGCUACUUGUACUACAUUGUGAUAAGUUUUGGUGUUGCAAUGGUGGUAGGACUGGUAGUCAGCUGGUUAGCCUCAGCCUGUGGAAGACCCCCUGGGGAAUUGAACCCUGAUCUUUUUGUACCUCCUGUCGCAAAAUACCUCAGACGCAAAAAACUUGAAAAAGACAUGAAAUCAAACAGAGAAGAGAAGAAGGAAGCAGAAUAUACAUUCUCUGUGCAUUUAUGAUCACAUGAUUCACCUGUUCAUCAAGUCAUUCUAAGAUGUCUUCCAUUUCUUUAGUUAUACGACAUGGUUGUGGUAGGGGGAUUGUAGGAUGAGAGAAUUACAAAAGUUCAGAGUAUGUGAUUUAUACUCCAUUUGCUCAGAGUGCGGCUGGAGCUCUGCCCUACGUCCAUGAGUGUGAGUAAGGCCGUACUUUGUAUUUCUAUCCUGUAACAGUUUUACUAAUCUAUGAUCUAAAAAAUUGUUCCGAACAUAAGGGCUAUUGAUAUUGGUUCUGGUAUUACCGUAACUCAUGUGCAAUUAGUGGCAGUGUUGUGGUAAUGGAAUGAAUUUAGUAAUUUAUUUUAUUUUAAUAAUGACACAGUUGAAAUGAAAGUUGUUGAUUGACCUGAAGUUGAUUGAAUGGGUAAUUUAAUUUGCAAUAUUGAUGAAAUUGUGUGAUUGUGGCUCAAUUGAAACGAGAAAUUAGAUAAGGUAAUUUAUGAAUUUCCCAUUGAACAUGUAAAGUUUAUUUGUACAAAUGCAUUUUUAAACUAUUGGUCUUAGGUUAUUGAGCUGAAUACUGUUAAUUUUAGUUAAAUGUAUUUAUAGAAAUGUAACUGUGUAAUUCUUAGGUUAUGUAAACUAUUUUUAAGGAGUAGGUUUUUGUGUUAUUGUUGUUACACAAAUGUACUUAAAUGAACAAAGGAACUUUAGUAUUUUAUUCACAACAACAUGAAAGGGCAUCUAUGCACAAGUAUUUUAUAGGCUAACAUUGUAAAUUUUUUUAUUUUG